AUGAAUACUAGCCUUUUCUCCUUGGCCAAUAAACACAUCCACCUGGAAAAUGGACACACGGUUUUGGAUGCCUUUUUGAAAAUUGUUCGAAAUGAGGGCAUUAAAUCCAUGUGGAGUGGCCUUCCCCCUACCUUAGUGAUGGCAGUUCCUGCCACAGUUAUUUAUUUUACCUGCUAUGAUCAAUUAUCUGCUCUCCUGAGAUCAAAAUUAGGAGAAAAUGAAAGUUGUAUACCAAUUAUUGCCGGAUUUGUUGCCAGAUUAGGUGCAGUAACUGUGAUAAGUCCAUUAGAAUUGAUUAGAACCAAGAUGCAAUCUAAGAAGUUUUCUUACAAAGAAUUGCAUCAAUUUGUCAGCAAGAAAGUAUCUGAAGAUGGUUGGAUUUCCCUUUGGAGAGGCUGGAUUCCUACUGUUCUUAGAGAUGUACCAUUCUCAGCAAUGUACUGGUAUAACUAUGAAGUUUUAAAGAAGUGGUUGUGUGCGAAAUCUGGUUUAUACGAACCAACAUUUAUGAUCAACUUUACUUCAGGGGCAUUGUCUGGUUCUUUUGCAGCUGUUGCAACUUUGCCAUUCGAUGUGGUAAAAACACAAAAGCAGACUCAACUUUGGACAUAUGAAAGUCAUAAAAUUUCUAUGCCUUUGCCUAUGUCAACCUGCACUAUCAUGAAGAACAUUGUUGCUAAGAAUGGAUUUGCAGGAUUAUUUACAGGCCUCAUUCCCCGUUUAAUUAAAAUUGCUCCUGCUUGUGCUAUUAUGAUCAGUACCUAUGAAUUUGGGAAGGCUUUCUUCCAAAAGCAAAAUGCUCGAAGACAAAAAUACUAG